GGAUUUAGGCAGCCGCGCCCCCCGUACGCAGCCAAGGCGCCGCCCAGACAGCCAGGCGCUCAAUCACGCACUGGUAAACUUGCGACUGCACUCAGAGCCUGCGCCUGUAGUUGGAAGUUGCGCAUGCGCCUGGUGGAAUUUUCUUUCUUCCCCCACCCCGCGCACUUUUUUUUCUAGAGCUGCUUCCGGGUCGAAAGGUUUGCUUCCGGAAAGCGGGAGGGCUGAAACGCGGUGGCGGUAUUGGACCAGUCUUCUAGGGUUCCAAGUGAAGAAGGCUGUAGCAAUGGACAGGAGUGGCUUUGGAGAGAUGUUAUCCCCUGUAAUCCGAGAGCCAGAGGUGACACGGACUGCACGGAAGCAGAGUGCUCAAAAAAGAGUUUUAAUUCGAGCCUCCCAUGAUGAAAAUGUUGGGAAUUCUACACCAAGAAACCAGAUGAUUCCUCGAACUCCCAGCUCAUUUCGACAGCCUUUUACUCCUCCAAACCGAAGCUUACCAAAAUAUCCAGAUGUUUCCUGCAUUUUGGGAACAGAAGAGAGGUCUCCUCAGCUCACACAGUCUUCAGGAUUUUUGGGAAAUAUGUCCAUGAUAACGAAUCUGGACGACAGUAACUGGGCAGCUGCAUUUGCAACACGGCAUUUAGGACUCUUCACGAAAACAGAGCCCAACAACCUCACAGAGGAUGCAAAUGUCAGCGCAGUUAUGUUACGUGAAGAUGAUCCGGGAGAAGCUGCAUCCUCAAGCAUGUUUCCUGAUUUCCUGCAGUCUUUUUUAAAGCAUUCUUUAUCUACAGUUUUUGACCUUGUGGAAGAAUACGAAAAUAUUUGUAGCAAUCAGAGACAGGAUACAGACUUCAUUACAAAAUGGAAAUAUGCUUACAACUCCUCCUGUUAAUGCCAGUGAAAAAACAUUUGUGGAAGCAUUGUUUCAGAGAGAGUCCCUUGUCCGACAGUGUCAGAUGGUGGUAGAUUGGUUAGAGAGUAUUGCCAAAGAAGAAAUUGGGGAUUUUUCUGAUAAUAUUGAAUUUUAUGCAAAAUCAGUGUAUUGGGAAAAUACCCUCCAUAUUUUAAGACAACGGCAGCUAGCUUCUUCCAUAGGCAGUGCCCGUCCUCUUGUCACUGAAUUGGAUCCUGAUGCACCCAUAAGACAGAAAAUGCCCCUUGAUGAUCUGGAUAGAGAAGAUGAAGUUCGAUUACUUAAAUAUCUCUUCACUCUAAUCCGUGCUGGAAUGACAGAUGAGGCACAGCGACUCUGUAAACGUUGUGGUCAAGCAUGGAGAGCUGCAACACUGGAAGGCUGGAAACUAUACCAUGACCCUAAUAUUAAUGGAGAAAUAGGAGCAGAAUUAGAACCUGUUGAAGGGAAUCCGUAUCGACGCAUUUGGAAAAUUAGUUGCUGGAGAAUGGCAGAAGAUGAACGUUUUAAUAAAUAUGAGAGAGCAAUUUAUGCAGCUUUAAGUGGGAAUCUCAAGCAGCUGCUUCCUGUCUGUGACACCUGGGAAGAUACUGUAUGGGCCUACUUCCGGGUGAUGGUGGACAGUCUGGUAGAGCAGGAGAUCCGGCUGUCAGUAAUGGCCCAGAAUGAAACUGAAGAACUCCCUAGAGAAUACCUCGAAGCAAAUUGGACCUUAGAAAAGGUUUUUGAAGAACUUCAAGCUACUGAUAAAGAGAGAGUUCUGGAAGAGAAUCAAGAACAUUAUCAUAUAGUUCAAAAAUUCCUUAUCCUGGGAAACAUUGAUGGUUUGAUGGAUGAGUUCAGCAGAUGGCUUUCUAAAAGCAGAAGCAAACUACCUGGGCAUCUCCUCCGCUUCAUGACUCACCUCAUUUUGUUUUUCCACACCCUGGGAAUACAAGCCAAAGAAGAAGUUUCAAUUGAAGUUUUAAAGACAUACAUACAGUUUUUAAUAAGUGAGGGGAAUACACAUCUCAUAGCAUUUUAUUGCUGUCAUUUGCCUCAAGACCUUGCUGUUGCUCAGUAUGCCUUAUUUUUGGAAGGUGUCACAGAUUUUGAACAUCGCCACAUUUCCUUGGAACUGGCUAGGGAAGCAGAUUUGGAUGUUGCAACAAUAACAAAAACUGUGGUUGAGAAUAUUCGAAAGAAAGAUAAUGGUGAAUUUAGUCCUCAUGACCUGAGCCCAGACCAAGAGAGUGACAUUACUCAGGAGGACCGUGUGAAAAUUGAUGUCAUAGACUGGUUGUUAUUUGACCCGACACAGAGGUCAGAAGCCCUGAAACAAAGCAAUGCAAUAAUGAGAAAAUUCCUAGCAUUAAAAAAGCAUGAAGCUGCUAAAGAAGUAUUUGUGAAAAUUCCUCGGGAUUCUAUCGCAGAAAUCUAUAAUCUGUGGGAAGAAAGAGGAACCCACAAUUCACUUCCUGCAGAAAUUGAUAAUGCUGUCAGAGAACAUUUGUGCAUUAGAGCUUAUUUGGAAGCCCAUGAAACCUUUGCUGAGUGGUUUAACCAUAUGAAUGCAGCUCCACAAAAACCUACUUUGAUAUCUCAGCCAAGUUUUACUGAGCAAGUAGCUUAUGAACAUAAAGAAAAGAAAUAUGAAAUGGAUUAUGAUAUUUGGAAAGGACAUCUGGAUGCCCUAACUGCUGAUGUCAAGGAGAAAAUGUACAAUGUCUUGUUGUUUGUUGAUGGAGGAUGGAUGGUAGAUGUCAGAGAGGAUUCUGAAGGAGACCAUGAAAGGACACAUCAAAUGGUUUUAUUAAGAAAGCUUUGUCUGCCAAGACUGUGUUUUCUGCUUCACACCAUACUGCAUACGACGGGUCAGUACCAGGAGUGCCUGCAGUUGGCAGAUAUGGUGUCCUCCGAGCGCCAUAAGCUCUACCUGGUAUUUUCUAAGCAAGAACUAAAGAAAUUGCUGCAGAAGUUAAGGGAAUCCUCUCUCAUGCUUCUGGACCAGGGACUUGACCCAUUAGGAUAUGAAAUCCAGUCGUAAUUCAUCCACUGUAUUCUCACUAAUUCCCAGGAUGGAGGAUUUUUUUAAAUAAAAUAUAAAUAUUUGUAAUUAA